GCCACGAAUGACAACUCAUAUAAAAAAAACAUAAUCGGUGAUCACAGCUGUUAGUUCAAACCGGAAACAGACGAUAAAUCUUCUUACUUUGGCGGCUGUACAAUGUACAUAAUGCAGGAAAUACAAUCUUAAAUAAAAAUAAUAGGGAUCCUUUAGAAGUUUCUUGCCAUAAUUUUUAAAAUUACAAGUGUAUUUUACAUCUAAACGAAAAAAAUAACUGUAAAUAUUUACAAGUUCUGGUGGAAUUCAAGUUCUACGGACCUUGUUUUUUGUUUUCAUAAUUUACCUAGUAAAGUUUAGUCAAUAUGACUAGUAAAGUGCCUCCUCUAUCAUACAAAGUAAUUGCAGAAUGCUCUGUUACAAAAGCGCGAGCUGGCCUCAUGACACUUCGCCAUGGCGAAGUCAAUACGCCAGUUUUCAUGCCUGUCGGGACGCAGGGCACUCUUAAAGGACUCCUUCCGGAUCAACUUAUUGAGCUUAACUGUCAAAUAUUGUUGGGAAACACAUAUCAUCUGGGCAUUCGACCUGGUAUUGAAACACUUCAAAAAGCUGGUGGCUUGCAUAAUUUCAUGGGAUGGCCUCGCAACAUCUUAACUGAUUCGGGUGGUUUUCAAAUGGUUUCAUUAUUAAAGUUAGCAGAAAUAGAUGAGAAUGGCGUAAACUUCUGCUCUCCAUUCGAUAAUAGUGAAUGUAUGUUAACACCUGAACAUUCCAUACAAAUUCAAAAUACUAUUGGUGCAGACAUUAUGAUGCAAUUAGAUGAUGUAGUGAAGACCACCACCGUCGGACCACGUGUGGAAGAGGCUAUGCAUCGUACCAUCCGUUGGCUGGAUCGAUGCAUAACAGCACAUGCACGAGAUGAUGAUCAGAGUUUAUUCCCAAUUGUACAAGGAGCUCUAGAUGCCAAUUUACGUAAACAGUGUGCUGAUGCAUUAAUACAGCGUAAAGUACGUGGAUAUGCGGUGGGUGGUUUAAGUGGCGGUGAAAGCAAACAUGAAUUCUGGCGUACAGUUAAUUUAUGUACGGAUUUACUUCCGAAAGAAAAACCAAGAUAUUUAAUGGGAGUUGGGUUCGCUGCCGACCUAGUGGUAUGUGUUGCAUUAGGAAUCGACAUGUUUGAUUGUGUUUUUCCAACUCGCACGGCGCGAUUCGGUUGUGCGUUGGUGAACACUGGACAAUUAAAUUUGAAAAACAAAAAGUAUGAGGAUGAUAUGCGUCCCAUCGACGAAGAAUGUGAGUGUAGUACAUGUCGCAGAUACACUCGUUCUUAUUUGCAUCAUAUUGCAACAAGUCAAUCAGUAUCGUGUAGUUUGUUAAGUAUACAUAAUGUGGCGUAUCAAUUAAGGUUAAUGCGAAGUAUGAGAGAAGCAAUACUACGCGAUCAGUUUCCGCAAUUUGUCUGCGAUUUUAUGGCCAAACAUUUUGAAGGAGAAACGGUGCCGUUGUGGAUAAGAGAGGCUUUGCAAGCAGUUAAUGUAGAAUUACCCCACGAUGAAAACGACGCCACGGUAAAUGUAGCAUAAAAAACUGUACUAUUAAUUAUAAAAAAUAUUUAUAUAAUGUGCGAUACUAAAUAUAUUUUUCAGAAAGAGAUGAGAAUUAAUAAAUCACAAUGCAAUUCUUGUAUAAUUCACUGUUAACAAAA